AUGUUCUCAUCAACUCUUCUACGGGCAACUAUCCGCCAGCCAGUCUCAUCUACUCUGCUUUUGCGGAGCUUCUCGUCUACUGUGCGCGUGCAGAACGCAGCGGUUGCGGCCGCGCCUGCUCCGUCGGCUGCCGCGGCUGCCGCGCGUGCGCGCAAGCCUGUGGGAGGAUUUCGAGGAGCGAUCCUUGGCUUCUUCAUGGGCACUACGGUGACUGGAUUGGUGGGAUACUUCUACGUCUUGGAUGUCUACCGCGAUUCAAACUCAUUGCUUCUCGAGGAUCUUGUGGAGCUGCAGCGUCAUGUUUCGAAGGUGGAGACACAUAUGAAGACGCUCGAGAGCGAGAUGAAGAAGUAG